AAGAUAAGUACAUUGAAGCAUUAUAUAAAUUUCCAAUUUAUGAAGCCGCAGCAAUUUGUGAUUUUGAAGCAGAAAUUGAUGGCAAAUAUAAAGUUAAAGGUGUUGUGAAAGAAGCAAAACAAGCUGCUUCUGAUUACAGUAAAGCUAUUGAGCAAGGAUAUAGUGCUUAUUUACUUGAAGAACAAUUAUCAGAUGUAUUCCAAUGUUCAAUUGGAAAUCUAAAAAAAAGAUAUGGAUCUUCUUCUUCAACAGCUAAUUAUGAUAAAAAACUUGUACCUGAUGAUGUAAAAUAUUCUGGGGAAGCAAAUUAUCAAUUGGAUUUAAAAAUCAAUUGUAGAAUGACCUCAACCAUCCAAUCAAUUGAGUCUCCUUCUCAUUUGAUCUCUACUGAAUUAAAUGUUAAUGGCAAUCCCAAAACUUCUAAUGUUACUUUGGCUGAACAAAUUACUUAUUUAGAGAAAGAUUUUAUUUUAGUUGUCAAGA